CUGACCAAAACACGUGUGAGUGAAGAUCCUAUCCUGUAGACAAGUGUGACAGUAUUUUAAUACUGAGCCGAGAACAACAUAGGUGCUGCUGUACGACUGUUUUCAUCUGGAUUAGUGUUUCUCUCUCUGGCCAGGACUCUAAUAAUCCGAUUAUUCAGAGUUCGCUUGGCGCUUCUUCAAGGGGGAGAAGAUGAUGGAGACGCAAAGCAAGGGCUCCUCGGUUAUAUGGCGGUGUCUCGGCGCAUACCGUUACUGUUCAUGCUGGUUCAGGCGAUCUGCACUUCUGAAGUGAGGCUACGAGAGGCUAUCCGUGCUAUUAAAUCGAUUGGAAGUUUUUUUCUACGCCAUGCAAGGCAAGUCGAACGCGUCCCUAUGCAAAACGUGAGCAAAGUUAUUUUAACAGGGUUUCUAUUCUAGUCAGUCCACUGCAGUGCAUCCCUGUGCAGUAUACGGACAUAUAGAAUGCUGCGCUCUGCUCUGCAGUCAGACUGCGGCUUUGACAGAGUUUUGAGAGCGAAAUCGAAAGACGACUGAAUUUAAUGAGAGUGACUUGGGUCUUUUUCCAUACCUGUCAAUCAACGGGGAUAGCGGUAUCGACUAUAGCCUACAUUAUGAGUCCUUCAUUGUCGUUUUGAUGGUGUUCAGAGUCCUGUGGUUGAGUGAUGACUCAGACUGGGGAAGAGAAUGCUACUCACCGUGCUGCACCCACUGAGCCCCAGCACCACCCCAGCACCAUGUCUUACUACCCUACAGCCAACCACUGUGUUUGGGGGACCACGUCUCCAUAGCUACAGCAGCUAAAUAUACACAUCUUCAAUACAUGAAAACUGAGAGAGGGAUGGAACCAUAUUUCAGAUUGAAUGUGAGUGCUGUGGAUAUUAAGUAACAAACACAGUCUUACAAACUGUCAAAGGCAGAGAGAAGAACAGCAUGGAAGACAGUGAGCUUAUCUUUCUGGAGCGCCAUGAUGAGGGCGAGGGCCCUACCGUGGCCUUCUCCAAAGACAAGCCUGGAGUCAUGGAGGGCCCUACCGUGGCCUUCUCCAAAGACAAGCCUGGAGUCAGGGAGGGCCCUACAGUGGUCUUCUCCAAAGACAAGACUGGAGUCAUGGAGGCCAGAGACAGUAGGCCCGACUCAGGCCUGGGGCUAGGUUUGGGGCUGGAGCCAGGCCAGGGACGCCGCUCCUCGGGCUUCCACAUCCCCCUCUCCCCCUCCUCUCCGGGCUCCCUGGCUGACCUGGCCAUGGCCUCGUCGCCACCCCCCGGCCUGGUGAAGUCCUCCUCCACAGAGCUGCAGAGCAAAGAGACUGGUUCCUUGAGAAGCUCCAAACCCCUCCUCAGCCUGGUCAAGUCCCUCUCCACCGAGAUCUCCCACCUCGAGCCCGAGGUCUACCUCUCCAAGUCGGACUCCAAACUCCACAUGCACCCCUGGAAGCAGUUCACCCAGACCCAACCCAAGUUCCAGGAGGCUGGUUUUGGGAAUGAUAGCUGGAUGGCACCCCCGUCCCCCGUUUCCCCAUCGGAGCCCAAAGGAAGUUCCCUGAUGACCGAGUUCGAGGACACGCGGAGGAAGUUCUCAGAGGCCAUACAGGACCCCAUGAGCAUGUGGGGUAAAAUGAUGGGGGACGAGUCGAGCUCAGGGAGCCCCAAACAGAAGGUGUCUGGGGGGGGCGGGGACUCACCUGCCUCCGUUGGUAGCUGUGGAGGUGGUGGGAGUGGGACCCCAUUGAACAUUGAAGAUGGGAGCACAGAGACACAAGUAAGAUACAGACGUGGAACAGACAGUGAACUGGGUGUGUGUGAAACCCCACUAAGGAGACCCAGGAAGGGCCUUCCAAAGCCCUCACUUUCCCCAGAGCACCAUAGCCAGCUGGGGGAUAGCCACUACAAGAUCUGCACCAACGGAGACCUCAUCCAGGUGGUAGAGGUCCAGGGGGUCGGAACCAGUGGAGCUGGUACCAGAGGUCAGCAUCGAGGAACCCAUCCCCAGGCUCGAGGCAGGAUUCCUGGGGUUCCUGUAGCCUCAGUGCCUGUCCGCUGGCUCUUGUUUGUGGGCGUACUUGCCUAUGGGUUCUUUGUGCUCCCUCUGCCCUCCUAUGUGACUGGGCUGUCCCUGGGGCUAGCAUGUGGGUUCCUGUUAGGGUUGGUGGUGGUCCUGGUGUUAACGCCACGUCCGCGCUCCAGAGUUUUCCCCCCCUGGGGCACUACAGGGGCCCGGUGGUCCCAAGACAACAGCCAACUGCCCUCGGACCCUGUUGGUGGGCCGCGCACAGAUGCAGAAGUCCUGGAGGGCUGGAUGAACGAGAUGCCCGUGUACGACCCAGAGACCUACCACCCGUUGCUCACCCACUCUGUGUAUGCCACCCUGGAGGGCAGCCGCCUACGCCUGGCCUACCCCCGCACCAACAUCCCCCGACAGGCAGCCUUCGACGAACCGCCCCAUGAAGUCGUGUUCCUGCGCUCGCGCUGCUACCAGCUGGCCAACUGCAAGGUCUCCCUGUUGCCUGCUGCCUUGGCACGGAAGAGAGUUUGGAAUAAGAAGUACCCUAUCUGUAUCAUACUGGCCGAGGGAGAGGUGGGGAGAGAGGAGGAGGAGGAGAGAGUGGAAGAGGGGCAAGAGGAGGAGGAGGAGGAGGAGGAGAGAACAGACAAGCAGACACUCCCAGAUACACAGACACAGGGCCUCCCCGACACUCUCUACCUUUUUGGUCGUACAGGAAGAGAGAAGGAGGAUUGGUUCCAGCACUUCCUGUUAGCCUCGAAGUCAGAGUUCAAGAGCAGCCCAAUCAGAGAUGUGCCCAAGUCUGAGGUGUUAUGCAGUGGGAGCUCCAGUAUGGACAGUACGGAGCACCUGCCCUCUCUGAUUGGCCUGCGUGACCUGUUGGACUACGGCUCCUACAUGAGCCGCCUCAUUGGCUUAGAGGGUAGCAGUCCCAGUCCCAGCCCCAGCCCCAGCCCCUGCCACAGUGACCAAGGAAGCCCCACAGCCAGGAAGAGGUUCCCCAGUGAGGAGGCAUCAGCAGAGGGGGGCUGCCCAGCAGAGGGCCAACCGGCCUGGGUCAAUGCCCUGGUGGGGAGGAUCUUCUGGGACUUCCUCCGGGAGAAGUACUGGGUGGACCUGGUGGCCCACAAGAUCCAGAAGAAGCUGAGUAAGAUCAGGUUGCCGUACUUUGUGAAUGAACUGAAGUUGGCUGAUCUGGACAUGGGUACCUGCAUACCUCAGGCGCUCAGCAUCUCCAAACCCUCACUGGACCACAGAGGCCUGUGGUUGGAGAUGGAGGUGGUGUAUACAGGCUGCCUACAGAUGACCCUGGAGACGAAGUUGAACCUGUGUAAACUGGGGAAGGAGAAGUCCAUUGGGGUGGAUGCUGACGGACACAUCCCAGAGACCAGCCAAGUAGGCUCCAAGCCCAGGCUGUGUGUAUUAGCUGACAGUGAUGAGGAGUCCUCCAGUGCCGGCUCGUCUGAUGAGGAGGAGGUGCCGCCUACUGAACCCCAGGGAACUCUGGGAGAUAAGAGCACAGGCACGCCACCACCACCACCAGCGACUGAUGGUGGGAGUGGUGGGAGCACCGGCAGACGGUUCCUGAGGUUCGUGGACAAGAUCGCCUCGUCCAAGUACUUCCAGAAGGCCACGGAGAACGAGUACAUCAAGAAGAAGAUCGCUGAGGUCUCCAACAUGCCACUGAUGCUCACUGUGGAAGUUCUAGAACUCUCAGGGACUCUGGCUGUCAACAUUCCACCUCCCCCUACUGACAGGAUAUGGUACAGUUUCCGUGUGCCUCCCAGGCUGGACCUGCGUGUGCGUCCCAUGCUAGGGGAGAGGGAGGUCACCUUCACACACGUCACAGAGUGGAUCGAGAAGAAGCUGAGUCGAGAGUUUCAGAAGGAGUUUGUGAUGCCCAACAUGGAUGACCUCUAUCUUCCUCUCAUGUCCUCCGUGCUGGACAACCCUCCAGCAGCCCAGCAUUCUCCAGCCCACUCCUCACGCCGCUCCUCCAACGACUCCCAGUACUACGUGUCUGAAUAGCGCCUCACUGUGGCAGUGGAUGGAGAAGAAAAUAAAUGGAAAACCAGUGGGCAUGGAUCCACAGUGGAUUCUGAGCAGAUAGGGCUUGGUUCAGUCCUAGCUUGUGAGGGGUGGUCAUAGCGAAGCCUGUGGCGGGCAUGUACAACAUGGCAUGACUGGAGAGUGGCAUGCAGGAGACAGUGGCAUGGUUAUUUUCUGAGCAGGGACUGGUAUAAUCGCAUUGAGCCUGGUAUAGCGCCCAGCCCUACUGACUGAACUUAGACAGCACUUUGCAAUAGAGAAGUGAUCUGCGAUAGUCCUGUAAUGAACCAGGCUGACGUUUAUUGGGAUGAGUCUUCUCCGUGAGGCAGAACGAUUUCCACUAGAUGGAACAGCAAAAAUUCGAUAUUGGCACUAUUGUAAAAAUUCAUACACAAAAAUGGGCUUUUUGGUCUUAAGUUUAGGGUUAAGGAUACGUUUUCAAAUCAGAUUUAGACUUUGUGGCAGUGCCAGUAAGGGACCACUCUGCAUAGCUGCCUCCAGAACAAAAUACACUAAGCUGUGUAAUGAAGACAGUGAGUGUGUCCCAGUUGGCACCAUAUAUAUAUCAUAGGAGGUUGCAACCAUGUUCGAUAACAUUCCACCAAUUCCAUUCGUCGUUAACACAAGCCCAUUCUCCGCAAUUAAAGUGCCACCAACCCCCUGUGCUAUAUGGUGCACUGCUUUUGACCAGGACCCUGCUAUGGUAGUGCACUACAUAGGGAAUAGGGUGCCAUUUUGAAUAAAACAGCAAUAGGUAGAUAUGUUCACUUGAAGGAAAGUGAAUAUGGGCAUUACUGGUAUGAACUGUCACUGUACGAUGACUAUGCUGUGAUAUACUGAAUCGGUUUGUCCUCAACCCUUGAAGGUGAGCGGUGUACUCAUGUUGUCCAGUGGGCUGGCCAGAACAGUGGUAUGUUACUGGCCUGACAAAAUGGACUCCCUGAACAAUUCCUAUUUUAAAAGUGAUUGUAGCCCAGAGUAGAUUCCUAGGAGAUUAUUGGUUCUUUAAAACGUUCCAUCAUCAAAUGGCUUUGAGUGGAUUUUUGGACAGCGUACCCCCUCUUCAUUCAUCGACAAUAAAGCAUGUAGAAAUGGACAGGCAAUCAAGAUAUUGUGGGAAUAAUAAAACUUCAUAAAAAUACAGUACAAAUACAUGAUUAAGAUAUCUAGUGCAUCUUUAUUGGUCAAUUGCAUACAAGGUCCAACCAAAAUUUGACUUCCGUUUUUAACCGUGAGCCACCAGUGGUAUAGUGGAGGGAAGCCACAAGUGCUCUUGUUUAGCCAUCAUUUGUUUUGUGUGUGUGUGUGUGUGGGGGGGAAGAGGUGAUACAUUGAAAGUAUAGGGAGUUACUUCUUCCCCACGACCAGUUUUAUUUACCAAUACAUCACCGUGCCACCAUUAGUCACUUAUCCAAAUUGGUCCCCCAAAUGGCAGCCCAUU